GGUGUGUUCUUCAAAUUUUCGUUUGAAGGGCCUGGUUGCUCAUCUUCUCUGUUCGAUCGGAAAACCUCCCUUGGCGCCUUCGUUGUAUCCGUUGACUGCAAUACGGACCGAACCCAUUAUUACUGCUGUGCGCUGUGCUGGUUCUCGUGGCCUUUUUAUUUCGUUCAACUGUCUCGCCGAGAAAGAAAGCAACAGCACCUGCAAGAGAUACAUCAACUCUGAMAGCGACCGUCGAAUCGCAUAGCAUCUGAUCUCAACCCUAUCCACAACGCGUUUCGUCCGACUCCGGGAACACCUCGUGCGCCGAUACGCUGCGCCCUUGUGAAAUCCUGCACGGCUUUUGUGCAACUAAGAACGCAUACACACAAAAUGAAUCCCUCGGCGUAUGCGCUUUGUUUCCUGGCGCUGUUCGCCCCCACCCGGAGGUGGGGUUCGUCGGAAGACAAUAAUUGCGGUUCGUUUGUGGCGCAAGGAUUCACGUCGCAAUCGAUGGUGUCUCCGCUGCCCACUCUGUCCACGAAGGAUUCGUUUCGGUCCAGUCGCCGCYGGCCGUACGGUUACUACGCCACGGUGGACGAGAACCAAAAAGCCCUCGACGAAGAAACCUCAACGAACGGAGAAAGCGACGGGUCCUCGCACCUGAUGCCAAAGGUCAAUGGCGACGCCUCUGCCGAGGCAACCUUGAUCGCUGCCGAUUCCGCCAACGCCACGGAACCGAUCGAUCUCGCGGCGAUGGCCACGGACGUGAACGUCUCCAUGACGGAGCUCCUCAACGAAAUCAGCGGGCGCAUCAACGAAGGAUCCACUGAAAUCAUGGAGGACAUCACCAAGGUCCUCGACGAGCAGCUCCAGCUGUCGGACGCAAAGUCCCAGGAACUGUCCGUAUACGUCGCGGAUCUGGCCAACAAAAUCCGAAAGGCCCAGGAGGAAGAGGUCCAGCGGCAGAUCGAGGAGCUCGAGAAAAUAUUCGUCGAUCCGCUGGAGCGGGUUGCCUUUUCGGACGCCCCCCUCUACGAAAUGUCGGACAAGAAACCGGACGCCUUUAACGGGACGGAUGCAUUAGACCUUCAGCCMAAGCUCGUUCUGGCGGGCGCCAAUUCCACACUCAGGCGCAGUGCGCAGAAGGGCACCACGAAAGAGUUGAUUUCGAACCUCAACGUUGCACCGCUCUACUACUCGGUGGCUCUCAUUUAUCGCUGGGCCAGCAAGUCGAAGAAGACCCUUGCGAUGCCCACGCUCUAUCUGUUGUCGGCCUACAAGGCCCUUGCCAAUGUCAUCAAGACGUCGGGUGGACCGAAAAAGAGCAACCGCAAAAAGGAAGACACGACCUACGAACAAUACCUCAAGGAGGCCGAGGCCUUUCAGUCCGGUUGGAAACGCACCGGAGAAAUCGCGGCCAAGGGGCCGUGGGCCAAGAAGUGGGCCGUCCUGAGGCGAUCGGCGGAGGUUUGGGCGUAUUUUUCGUCCUUUUACCUCAAGGACCGAAGAAUCUGCAAAAAGUUCGAGAGCGGCAAGUGGUCGGAGGAGAAAUUCUCGGCAGAACGAUCGCGACUAGGGGCGGAAAUCACCCAGAACCUGCUGCGGCUGGGGCCCACCUUUAUCAAGGUACGCAUAGAGCGCUGGCCUUUGGUGCCAUACAUGGUUCACUCAAAAUUUGUUUCCAACACCUGCCUUGAUUUAUUUUGUGUUUUUUGCUAACGCGAUCCUUUUCCUCUGUUUAAAGGUCGGUCAAUUGUUUUCAACGAGAAUCGAUAUUGUGCCAAAAGAGUAUAUCGAAUCAUUGAAAUUACUGCAGGACAACGUGCCCCCAUUUUCCGGAGAGACGGCGGUUCAGAUCAUCGAACGAGAACUCGGAAAACCGAUUGAUCAGAUUUACGACACUUUUGAGAAGAAGGCGCUUGCUGGUGCUUCCCUGGGUCAGGUCCACUUGGCGACGAAGGGCGACCAGAAGUUCGCCGUCAAGGUCCAGAGGAGGUACCUAAAAGCCCUCUUCGAGGUCGACCUGGGCCAGCUUCGGCAGCUCGCGGUGUUUGCGGAUGCGGUGGACAUGACAUCGGARGGUGGCCUGUUCGACCAAAACACGCAGCGCGAUUGGGUCAGCGUGUACGAAGAGAACAAGCGCUUGUUGUACGAGGAGAUCGACUACACGAACGAGUUGGAAAAUGGUUUGAAGUUCAGGUGAGUUGAGUUCGUUCCUUUUCUUAUUGUAGGUUGUGUGCCCUGGUGAUUCAUUGACUCUGUUCGGCUGAUGGCUUUUUUUCCCAAAUGCAGCAAAAAUUUUGAUAAACCCAAGUGGAGGCACAUUCGUGUCCCCGAUGUUUACCCAGAAUACUCCAGUAGUCAGGUUUUGACCAUGGAGUACGUGCCCGGUGUUAAAAUCACCGAUAUGGAGAAAAUCAACGAACUGGGACUUGAUCCUGUCGACAUUGCUACAAAAUCCGCCGAGGCAUUUUUGGAACAACUUUGUCGCCAUGGCUUCUUCCAUUGCGAUCCCCACCCAGGAAAUAUCUCGGUCGAAAAGGGUCCCGAUGGCAAGGCGAGACUGAUUUUCUAUGAUUUUGGUAUGAUGGAUUCCUUUGGCGCGGUGGAACGAAAAGGUUUCGUAGACUUUAUGUUUGCCGUAUACUACGACAAUAGUGUGAAGGAUGCCUGCGAUGCGUUGGAACGGAUGGGGAUGCUUCGCACUGGACCCGAUCUGGACCGUGUGGCGAUCGAGCGUGUGGGACAGGACUUCAUCGAUCGCUUCCAGAGCACGUUACGGAAAGACGAAACAUGGGAAACCGAUUUAUYGGAGGAAGAGCAAAAGAAAAUCAUCCGGCAACGUCGAUCUCAGCUGGGAGAAGAAUUCUUGUCGCUGAACAGAGACUCUCCGUUCAUCUUCCCCCCUACGUGGACGUUCGUACUAAGGGCRUUUUUCACGUUGGACGGAAUCGGUAAAACCCUGAAUCCCAAAUACGAUUUGACACGGAUCAUGGUUCCCUACCUGAAGGAAUUGAUUGAUCUUAAGGACGGAAGUGCACUGAAAACAACGCUGCUUCGCAUCGGGAAACGUGUUGGCCUUCGACCGGAGGACAUCAACCAGUUCAUAACGCAACCACGACGAACCGCGAAGGUCGAAGACAUUGCCGACCGUCUCGAGAAGGGCGACUUUAAACUCCGUGUAAGGGCCCUCGAAGUGGAACGACAGAACGAGAGAAGCAAAAUUGUUUUGCAGAACAGUUAUGAAGUGAUAUUCCUAGGCGUACUAUUGCAAGCAGGGCUUGGCUUGUUGACGGCAGGCAGCGGUUUUAGGGGAGCAAAGCCUAUAGGCAAGUUACUCCUGGGGGCCGCAUCAAUUCUAACCGCACGGGUUCCUCUGAAUCUCCUGAAGGUGAGAAAACUGGACAAGUACUAUGAAAAAUAUAGCUAGAAAUAUUGUUACCGUGUAUUUGGUAGACUUCUAUUUGCUGCAAAGUGCAUUUGUGGCAUCGGUUAGAAUAGUUGUCCACACGCACUUUACCAGCAC